CCUGUCAUUAGCUGUCCAGGCAUAGCCGCAAGAUGACAGCAUUGGCUCUGCGUUUUCUGGUGGCCAUCUGCGCCUUUUCCUGCAUAUCAGGCAUACGCAUCAAGAGCAACUCCACCAGUGGCGGGAGCGGCAGCAGCUUCUACAAGGAUCAGCGUAUUAUUGGUGGUGAGGCAGCCCCAGAGGGAAUUGCCCCGUACCAGAUCUCUCUGCAGAGCUUCUCGGGUGCCCAUUCCUGCGGUGGUGCCAUCAUUGCCGACAAGUGGGUCUUGACCGCCGCUCACUGUGUGCUGUACGCCAAUCCACUGCUGUUGGUGGUCGUCUCUGGCACGAAUCAGUACAACAAUCGGGAGAAUCGCAACUUUGUGCAGGCCGUGCACAUCCACUGCAACUACGACAAUCCCUUGAUGCACAAUGACAUCGCUCUGCUGCAGCUGACCGAGUCCAUUGUGUGGAAUGAGCGCACACGGCCCAUACCGCUGCCAGUGGCGCCCAUGCUGCCGGGCGACGAAGUGGUUCUCACGGGCUGGGGCUCCACCAUACUGUGGGGCAGUGCGCCCAUCGAUCUGCAGAUAGUCUACCUCAAGUACGUGCCACAUCGCGAGUGCAAGGAGGCUUUGGGCGGCGACGAGGACUGCGAUGUGGGUCACAUUUGCACCUUUUCGCGGCAGGGCGAAGGCGCUUGCCAUGGGGAUUCGGGUGGUCCGCUGGUCAGCAAUGGCCAGCUGGUGGGGCUCGUCAACUGGGGCUGGCCCUGUGCCACUGGUGUGCCGGAUGUCCAUGCCAAUGUCUACUUCUACACGGAUUGGAUACGCAAUGUCAUGAGUGGCAACACAAAGUGUGGAGGCUACGGCACCACAGAGCGCUACCUUUGGGUCUUUAGUUUAGUUUGUGGCGAAACGUUCAAGAUGCAGUUGCUUUACCCUUGCCUCAUAGUUCUCCUGCUUCAAGCUGGACAGAGCCAGGCCAAGCGGGUGGUGGGAGAGGGUCCUACAGCUCCCUCUACCCGCAUCAAGGGCGGAGAGCAGGCAGAGAUUGGCUUUGCGCCCUACCAAGUGUCCCUCCAGCCCGUUGUGGGUGCCCACAACUGCGGUGGAGCCAUACUCAACGAGCAGUGGAUUAUCACAGCUGGCCACUGUGUGGAGAACUUCGUUCCAGCGCUGGUGAAUGUCAUAACUGGCACGAAUCGCUGGGAGGAGCCUGGAGCGGUCUACUACACCUCGGAGAUUCACAUGCACUGCAUGUACGAUCAGCCCUACAUGCACAACGACAUUGCACUGGUGAAGCUCACACAGAACAUCACCUUUGAUGAGUACACCCAACCCAUUGAGCUGCCCACGAGGGCUGUCCGCGAGGGAGAUGAGAUUGUCCUCACCGGUUGGGGCGCGGAGGAGGCCUACGGCAGCUCAGCGGAGUACCUGCAGAAGCUAACCCUUGGCUUUGUGCCGCUCGACGAGUGCCUGAGGAUCUUUAAUCAGACGAGCAGCAUGGGCGUGGGUCACCUUUGCACGUACUCCCGUGAGGGCGAAGGCGCCUGUCACGGCGACUCGGGCGGACCACUGGUCAGCGAUGGGCAGCUGGUGGGAGUCGUCAACUGGGGUCGUCCCUGCGGCGUGGGUCUGCCCGAUGUUCAGGCCAAUGUUUACUACUAUCUCGACUGGAUACGCCGCAGGUUGAGUGGCAACAACAAGUGUCCUGCUUAGAGGAGAUUCUCCACAAUAAAGGUCAAACUUUU